UGGGCGGCGUGAGUGUGCGAGUGUGUCAACAAAGAUGGCCGCAGGACCGCUGUUGUCCGCCACUUUAGACUCACCUCUCGUGUAAACUCUACCCAUGCCUCAACACACCCAAUAUUACCGCUAUGACCCAACGCUUGCCUUGAACUUGGCCCCUGUCUGAACCUCGAGGACUAUGAGAAGCGUGCCAUUAGUGGCGUGUGUCGUGAUUAGAGGCCAUUGAAGCAUAAUGUUUUGAUGAACCCUCAACGAUUUCGGAAAGGAAGUUUUCAAGGAUUCCGUGUGUUUUGAAGUUGUGUGAGCCUUCAAAGUACUACUAUGAGUUCCAUUAAAUCAGGCAACAAAAAGGAUCAUCAGAAAAUGAGGAUCCGCGCGUUUCCGAUGACUAUGGAUGAGCGGUAUGUGGAGAACAUUUGGCAGCUGCUCAAAAGUGCGAUCCAAGAAAUUCAGAAGAAAAACAACAGCGGGUUGAGCUUUGAGGAGCUGUACCGCAAUGCCUACACAAUGGUCCUCCACAAGCAUGGGGAAAGACUAUACUCAGGCCUCAGAGACGUUGUCACCCAACACUUGGAAAACAAGGUUCGAGCUGAUGUGCUGGCCUCACUACAGAACAACUUCCUGCAGACUCUAAAUCAUGCCUGGAAUGACCAUCAGACCUCCAUGGUGAUGAUCCGAGACAUCCUCAUGUACAUGGACCGUGUCUAUGUACAACAGAAUAAUGUUGACAAUGUCUACAAUCUAGGUUUAAUAAUAUUUAGGGACCAGGUUGUGCGAUACGGUUGCAUAAGAGACCACCUCCGGGAGACACUCCUGGACAUGGUGAUGAGGGAGCGCCGGGGGGAGGUGGUUGACAGACUAGCAAUCAAGAAUGCUGCCCAGAUGCUGAUAGUAUUAGGCAUUGAGUCCCGAGCUGUUUAUGAAGAAGAUUUUGAACGGCCUUUCCUUGCACAGUCAGCAGAAUUUUAUAGGAUGGAGAGUCAGAAGUUUUUGGCAGAAAACAGUGCAUCUGUGUAUAUCAAGAGAGUUGAAGCAAGGAUAUCAGAGGAAGCAGAACGAGCAAAGCACUACCUCGAUGAGUCUACUGAAAGGCGAAUUGUUGAAGUUGUGGAAGAGGAACUAAUUAAGAAACAUAUGAAGACCAUCGUUGAGAUGGAGAAUUCUGGAGUAGUACACAUGCUCAAGAACAACAAAACUGAAGAUUUAGCCUGUAUGUAUAAACUCAUGUCCCGUGUAUUAGAUGGGUUAAAGGCAGUAGCAGAAUGUGUCUCCCAACACUUAAGAGAGCAAGGUAAAGCCUUAGUAGCAGAAGAAGAAGGAGGUAAAAAUGCCAUUACGUUUGUACAGAAUUUAUUGGAUUUGAAGGACAGGUUUGACCAUUUCCUCCACAACUCCUUCAAUAAUGACAAGAUCUUCAAGCAGAUGAUUGCAGCUGAUUUUGAAUAUUUCCUUAAUUUGAACAACAAAUCCCCAGAGUAUCUGUCAUUAUUUAUUGAUGACAAGCUUAAGAAGGGAGUCAAGGGAAUGACGGAGGCAGAGAUUGAAGUGGUUUUGGACAAGACGAUGGUGCUGUUCCGCUUCUUGCAAGAAAAGGACGUGUUUGAACGGUACUACAAGCAGCAUCUUGCCAAGCGUCUUCUUCUUCAAAAGUCUGUCUCAGAAGACUCAGAAAAAACCAUGAUCUCCAAGUUGAAAACAGAGUGUGGCUGCCAGUUCACCUCCAAGCUUGAGGGGAUGUUCAAAGAUGUCACAAUAUCCAACACCAUAAAUGAAGAAUUCAAGCAACGAGUGAACAGUGCAGGGACGAAUUUGUGUGGCGUUGACAUCUAUGUGAGAGUGUUAACAACAGGAUACUGGCCUACACAGUCGGCUAAUCUGAAGGCUAAUGUUCCCAUGGCCCCUCGGAGUGCCUUUGAGGCUUUCAGGAGAUUCUACCUCAACAAGCACAGUGGCAGACAACUUACCCUUCAGCCACAAUUAGGGUCAGCAGAUCUCAAUGCAGUAUUUCAUGGUUCAAGAAAAGAAGAGAGUGCCUGUGCCUCACCCAGCGUAGUUGCUGGUUCAGUAGCUUCAGUAGCUGCUGUAGCCUCUGGAGAAGCUGUCAGUAGUGUGGCUGGUAUAUCUUCAUCUACUAUUGGAGGCACUGUCUCUAACAAUGGCUUAAUGCCCUCCCCAAGUCUAUCGGGAGCACACACACCUACCAGUGCAGUAGCCUCUCCAUCAGGGUCUGGAGUCAUGGGCUCAGGCAAGCCAUCAGGACCCAAGAAACACAUAAUUCAAGUUUCCACCUAUCAAAUGGUUAUCCUUAUGCUAUUCAACACUAGGGAUAAACUAACAUAUGAGGAAAUCCAGAAUGAGACAGACAUCCCUGACCGCGACCUAGUUCGAGCUCUCCAGUCCUUGGCACUUGGCAAGCCAGCCCAGCGAGUAUUGCUCAAGACUCCAAAAACUAAAGAGAUAGAGUCCUCACAUGAGUUUACUGUUAAUGAUUCCUUCACUUCCAAGUUGUACAGAGUGAAAAUUCAGGCUGUAGCAGCUAAAGGAGAGAGUGAACCAGAGAGGAAAGAGACAAGAAGUAAAGUUGAUGAGGACCGCAAACAUGAGAUUGAAGCAGCCAUUGUUCGCAUCAUGAAAGCCCGCAGGCGAAUGACUCACAACAACCUGGUAGCUGAGGUAACAGACCAACUCAAGUCCCGCUUCCUACCGUCCCCAAUACUUAUCAAGAAGAGAAUCGAGAGCCUCAUAGAGCGAGAAUAUUUGGCACGCACACCAGAAGACAGGAAAAUCUACUCCUAUGUGGCGUGAAGAGUAGAUUAUACACUGAAGCAUAGCCAAGGCUGUGAAACCUCCCUUUGUUAGAGAUAUGGUCGUGCAGCCAUGGAGGGUGAGGUUAAAGGAUUAAUGAGCCCUAAGGAUCACCUAGUCCAUCUCUGCUCUCCUCAUUCUCAUGCUCUCUCUGCAGAUGCUCACUUCACCCUCAGUAUAAUAUGCCAGGAAUGGCAGAUGUACGGCCACAUCUAACCCUUGCCAUGAGUACCGAGAGUCAACUUGAAGUAAGAGGUUCUCGGGGUCACCACAAACACCCCUGCGGCAGGUUACUGUUAGCUGCUUUUCAUAGCUGUUGUUGCCAGAUACUUCUGAACUACUGAUGGUGUUUGGACCAAGGGAUGGUGGUAUCAGUAGUCAUUAUGAGUAUGAGAACACUCCCAUUGUUAGAAAAUUACUUAAUGAUGUGAUAAAAUUGUAUAAAACUAAUUCAAUUGUCUGGUGAAAGUUAAGAUCAAGAAUUGCAUUGGGAACAUAAAAAUUGUAUAAACUGAUGACCUGCUUCUCUGCUUGGUUCCAGUGCAGCCAAACUUCAGUGUGUGGUCAUUGCUGAGCUAUUACAAGUUUGUAAAAGAUGCAAUGGUUUAAUUUUUAUCAUUUUUUAACCUACCUUCUGUAUUAUUUGAUUUUAUAAGAUCUGGAUGGAGAUGACAGUUUCUUUUCUUUGUUUCUUCCUUGCAGGCAAAGGUACUAAUUCAUAGAUGGUAGUACAGCAGUGCACUUGUGAUAGCCCAUCCUUUUUAGUGUUAUCCUCAUCUACACAUAAAUUAUGACAUGAAAAUAGGUUUCAACCAUAACAAAGAAAUAGCAUUCCAGUGUAGAAGGUUAUUGUCAACAAGUUAGGAGGUUAGUCACUAUAUUAAAUCAACAUAAAUACAGAGAUGUUAUCAGUCCUUUCACUUGAGCCCAAAUAUAAGGGUAUCCAGUCAUUGAAUUCUUACCAGUAUUGAAUGGGUUUUCAUAUUACUACAUUUAAGCUAUAUAUAUUAAUGAAUAUGGGCCUCAAAACCUUUUUAUGAAAUUGCUGGACUUUUCUGUCUUGCUCAAGAUCAAUAAUUCUUUACUAAACAACAAUGGUUGUAGUAAUGUUUAGUAAACUUAUUUUGUUGAUCUUCCAAAGGAAAAGACAAUUAUGGAUGAUAGUGGGAGUGUUGACAGAGCCUACAGUAUUGGAUGACAGCUUGAUAGAUAUUUUGUUAUUGAUAACAGAGUUUAAAUAACCUUACAAGUUCUCACACUAAGGACAUUGUAAUGAAAAGCCUUGCAUAUUACAUUUCUGACAUUGAGAGGGAAAGCUUUAAUUUAUGUAUCAUUGUUUUGAGACAGACAGCAGACAUUACUACAUAUUUAUGCCCCAGACUACUUGCCUAGUUCAUCAGUAACCUUGGUCCAUGAAGGGUCUCUAUAAAAGUGUAACUUUAGAAGAAAAAUAUUUGGUGCAAAGUUUUUUUUAAAGUCCAAAGGAAAGUCAACAGCUGAAUGUUAAUAUUUUAGCUUUUGAUAAAGAAACUUUUUACUACAGGAAGGUGAGACUAACCACAUCCUGAUUUUGUAAUACUACUGCUAAUGCUGCUAUAACUUAAUAUUACAACUAAUGAGUAAUGCUAGUGAUGGUAACAAUGGGAUCAUUAAGACUAACCCUUAGCAGCAGUGUAACCUUCAGUUUCAUGUUUGGAUUGCAGGGGUUGGGUGCAAAGUAAGGCCAAAGGGAUGGGACGGGUUAGGUAAAUCCGACUGCCUGCCACCUUGAAUUAUUUACAAUACUCUUUUUCUAGAACACAUCCUCUAAUCUAAUUUCUUUAUCAUUCUUUGUUAUCUAGUCUCUCUUCCAAGAUUCCUCUGUACACUUUCAGCAACUGAAAUUCAAGUUUUCAAGAGAGUUAUGUAUUUAUUCCAUUAAAUGAAUGUCUAAGAGGC